AUGAAUCAAUAAUACCUACAAGUUCCUUUAUCUUAAAGUAGACAAUCAAUAACUUAUGAUAAGUAUUAAACUACAUCAGGAAUAGUAGUAAGUACUGAUAAGUAAAUUAAUAAUAUAUAUAUUUUAGACGAAUAAGUGACAAUAUUUAAAACGGAAGAAAGAGUACUCUUUUUGAAGAUAAGUAAUCUACUAAUUGAAUAUAUAGACGAUAUGAAGAAUUACUUUAAGAUAAUCAUAAAUUGAAAGAGGUGAUUGAACAAUUGGAUAAGGAUAAUUAGUAAUUAAAAUAGAUGUCAGGGGAGAGCUAUAAUCUUAAAUAGAAAUAUAUGAUUACAUAAGCAGAAUUAGAAGCUGCAUAAUAGGAGUUAGCUAAAUUGAGAUCUCAACUCUUGAUGAGAAAUUCUUAAGAUGCUGAAUAAUCAACUCUCAUGAUUAGAUACAAACAAGAUAUAUCUACAAUGACUUAGUAAUAGAUCAAAUAUUAACAAGGUAAAAUCUUAUUUAAUAAUAAAGAAAUAUCAUAGUUAAAUGCUCUGUUACAACAAUAGAAGAAAUAAGUUGAAGAAUUCUUGAGAUUAAAAACUAAAUAUGAAUAAGAAAUCCAAACAUAUAGAAGUAGGACAUAAAAUUUAGAAAUAGAAAUUAAAUAAGUGAAAGAAUAAAGGAACUCUAUAACUUAAAAUGAAAUUAUUAGAUUGACUUAAGAAAUUGCGAGAUAUCAAUCUGAAGUUUAGAUACGAUCAUCAGAUAAAGAAUUAUAUGAAAGAACUAUACAAACAUUAAAUUAGAAAAUGAAGGAGAUGGAUAAUGAUAUUCAAAUAUUGAUUGAAGCACAUAAUUAAAAUUAAAUGAAACUUGAAUCUGCUAUGGCUGAAUCAAAGAGUAAUAUGUAAUAUCAAAUUGAUUAACUAAAAUAAGAAAUGAGUUUCUAUUAAACUUAAUGUCGAUAAUGGUAGGAAAAAUGUUAAAUUGUUGAAAUACAAAAAGAAGAAAGUGAAAGAAGAAUUAUUUAGAUGGAAAUUAGAAUAAAUGAAACUAAAAAAUAAAUUGAAUAAUAAUAAAAUGAUAAAAUAUAAAGAGAUAGCUAUUAAAUUCAUAAUAUUCAAAAUGAAUUAGAGGGUUGGAAAUAAAGAUAUAUUUCAUUAGAAAUCAAGAUGAAAGAUUAUGACAGUUAUAGAAUGAAAAUAAUUGAAUAAGAGGAAUAAAUUAAUUAUUAUAGAAAUGAUAAUGAAUAAAUAAAAGAAGAAGUAGAAAUCUUGAUUGCAGAAAUUAAAUAAUUAAAGGAAUUAAAUAAUGGAUAUCGUUUAAGUAUUACUUAAUUGGAAAAUUAAACAAGAAAUAGUAUUGAAAGUGAUAGAUAUAAAACUUAAAUUAGAACUUUAGAAAACACAAUAAAUUAAUUAAAUUAAUAGAUAAAUGCAUAUAAAAUUGAAACCAAAGAACUUGAAUAAUAAGUAAUAUAUCAUUAGAAUAAGAACACAAAUGUAGAUUAUUUGGUUAGAGAAAAAGAUGAAUCAAUUUAAAAGUUAUAAUAUAAAUUGAAUAAUAUGGAAAAAGAACUUCGAAUUAUAUUUGAGGAAUAAUUAAAAAUAGAAAAAUAAGAUUGGGAUAGAUAAAAAUAAUAAUAAAUAGAUGAUCAAUUAAAAAAGAUAAACAAAAAAUAUGAAUCUGAAAUAUCCACUCUAAGGUAACAUUUUUAGUCAUUAGAAAUAGAGAACCAAUCAUUAACAAAUCAGUAUGAAAGAUUAAAAAAAGAAGGAGGGAUCAAUUUCUAAAGAUAAUCGGAAAAAGAAAAAAAUAGAAUAAUUGAACUAGAAAGAUAAAUAAUUUAAUUAGAAAAUUAAUUAUUUUUGUAGAAGAAAGAAUUCUCAUUUAAAAUUGAGGAAGUUAAUUAAUAAUCCAAUUUAAAAGAAUAUUAUGAAGUUUAACUUAAGUAGGUUAAUGAAAAAUUAUUAGAAUAAUAAAAUUAAGUUAAAUAAUUGAAUGAUUAAUUGUUAAUCGAAUAAAAAAGUAUUUUAAAUUUAUAAAACAAAUACUCUAAAGAUAUUAUAGAUAUUAAAUAAUAAUAAGAAAAGAAAAUUGAAAUCUAAUAAACUAAUUAAUAUUAAUUUGAAUUAGAUAAUUAUCAAAGAGACUUAGAAAAAAUGAGAAGAGAUUAUAGAAUGAUUUAAUAAUAAUAUUAAGAAAUGGAAAUUCAAGUAAAAUUGUGGAAAGAUAAGUUCUAUGAUGAAUAAUAAAAGCAUCAAGAAAUUAGAUAAUAGUUGGUAGAAAUUAGAUCUAAAUUUGAAUCACACACAAUUAUUGAUAUGAAAUCAAAUUAUGAUAAAUAAAGAAUUUAAGAGCUAGAAAUGGAAAUAAUUUAACUAUAAAAAGAGAUUAAAAUUAGAGAAGAAAAGUAUCAAGAAUAAAUUACAACAUACACUAUAUAAAUUUAGAAAUAAGAUGAAACAAAGAGAAUCAAGCAAUUAGAAUAUGAAAUUGAAUCUUUAAAAAUUAAAUGUAGAGAUUUAGAUAGAUAAUUAUAGGAUAAGACAUUUGAAUUUGAGAAAUUACUUUAAAGAAAGUAGGAAUUUAAACUUGAAACUAUUGAAGUAUCUUCAUCAUCUGAUAAAUAUAAGAUUUAAGAAUUAGAAUAGUAAAUACAACUCUUAAAAUUAUAGAUUUAAUAAUUAAGCAAUUCAAAGUAAGAUGUUAUAAGGGAAACUAUUAGAGAAACAGUACAAAUUAGAAGUUAGGAAGACAUCAAACUGAUUGCUUAACUAGAGGAAGAACUAUAAUUAUGGAAAACUAAAUAUUAUGAAUUAGAUAGAAGAAAAAAUUAAGUAGUAAUUGAAACUAUUAGAGAGGUUUAAUCUCUUGAAAGUGAUAGAUAAAAGAUAUACUAAUUAGAAUGUUAGCUUUAAUAAUUAACAUAAAAAAAAUAAGAAGUAAUAAGGGAGUAUGUAACAGAGACAAUUGAGAUUCCUUUAGAGUCUGAUAAAAUAAAAAUAAGACAAUUAGAAAUUCAAUUAAGUAAUAUUCAAAGGGACUAUUAAUUGUUAAGUUAAAAAAAAUAAGAAACUAUUAAGGAAAUAAUUACAGUUGAAGUUUCAUCCUAAGCUGAUAAAAAUCACAUUUAAUAAUUAGAGACACAGUUAAAUUAAUUAAAAUCAGAAUUAUAGGUUUUAAGACUCAAAAAAUAAGAAGUAAUAAAAGAAACAUUGAUAGAAAAAGUUGAAGUUUCAAUGGAGUCAGAUAAAUAGAGAAUUAAUUAAUUAUAAGAUUAACUUGAAAGAUUAUAAAGAGAUUAUUAAAUUUUAAAUAAAAAAAAAUAAGAAGUAAUAAAAGAAACAAUUACAGUAGAAGUUUCAUCUUAAGCUGAUAAAUUGAAAAUUCAAUAAUAAGAAUCUUAAUUAUAAUAAUUAAGAACUGACUUAUAAAUUUUAAAUUAAAAAAAAUAAGAAGUAAUAAGAGAAGUAAUUACUGAAAGAGUGGAAGUUGCCUUAGAAGCUGACAAAUAUAGAAUUAGACAACUAGAAAGUCAAUUAGAGAGUGUAAAUAAGUCAUAUGAGGCUCUAAGUAAAAAGAAGUAAGAAAUAAUUACAGAGACAAUCACAAUUGAAGUACCUUCUUAAGCUGAUAAGUUCAAAAUUUAAUAACUUGAAACAUAAAUUUAAUAAUUAAGAUAGGAAUUUUAGAUUCUUACUUUGAAGAAAUAAGAAGUAAUAAGAGAAGUGGUGACUGAGAGAAUUGAAGUUCCUUCUUAAGCAGAUAAAUUAAGAAUUUAAUAAUUAGAAUAACAAUUAAAUAAUAUUAAAUUAGAAUUAUAGAUAGUAUCAUAAAAGAAAUAAGAAGUAAUUAAAGAAGUGGUGACUGAGAGAAUUGAAGUUCCUUCUUAAGCAGAUAAAUUAAGAAUUUAAUAAUUAGAAUAACAAUUAAAUAAUAUUAAAUUAGAAUUAUAGAUAGUAUCAUAAAAGAAAUAAGAAGUAAUUAAAGAAGUGGUGACUGAGAGAAUUGAAGUUCCUUCUUAAGCAGAUAAAUUAAGAAUUUAAUAAUUAGAAUAACAAUUAAAUAAUAUUAAAUUAGAAUUAUAGAUAGUAUCAUAAAAGAAAUAAGAAGUAAUUAAAGAAGUGGUGACUGAGAGAAUUGAAGUUCCUUCUUAAGCAGAUAAAUUAAGAAUUUAAUAAUUAGAAUAACAAUUAAAUAAUAUUAAAUUAGAAUUAUAGAUAGUAUCAUAAAAGAAAUAAGAAGUAAUUAAAGAAGUGGUGACUGAGAGAAUUGAAGUUCCUUCUUAAGCAGAUAAAUUAAGAAUUUAAUAAUUAGAAUAACAAUUAAAUAAUAUUAAAUUAGAAUUAUAGAUAGUAUCAUAAAAGAAAUAAGAAGUAAUUAAAGAAGUGGUGACUGAGAGAAUUGAAGUUCCUUCUUAAGCAGAUAAAUUAAGAAUUUAAUAAUUAGAAUAACAAUUAAAUAAUAUUAAAUUAGAAUUAUAGAUAGUAUCAUAAAAGAAAUAAGAAGUAAUUAAAGAAGUGGUGACUGAGAGAAUUGAAGUUCCUUCUUAAGCAGAUAAAUUAAGAAUUUAAUAAUUAGAAUAACAAUUAAAUAAUAUUAAAUUAGAAUUAUAGAUAGUAUCAUAAAAGAAAUAAGAAGUAAUUAAAGAAGUGGUGACUGAGAGAAUUGAAGUUCCUUCUUAAGCAGAUAAAUUAAGAAUUUAAUAAUUAGAAUAACAAUUAAAUAAUAUUAAAUUAGAAUUAUAGAUAGUAUCAUAAAAGAAAUAAGAAGUAAUUAAAGAAGUGGUGACUGAGAGAAUUGAAGUUCCUUCUUAAGCAGAUAAAUUAAGAAUUUAAUAAUUAGAAUAACAAUUAAAUAAUAUUAAAUUAGAAUUAUAGAUAGUAUCAUAAAAGAAAUAAGAAGUAAUUAAAGAAGUGGUGACUGAGAGAAUUGAAGUUCCUUCUUAAGCAGAUAAAUUAAGAAUUUAAUAAUUAGAAUAACAAUUAAAUAAUAUUAAAUUAGAAUUAUAGAUAGUAUCAUAAAAGAAAUAAGAAGUAAUUAAAGAAGUGGUGACUGAGAGAAUUGAAGUUCCUUCUUAAGCAGAUAAAUUAAGAAUUUAAUAAUUAGAAUAACAAUUAAAUAAUAUUAAAUUAGAAUUAUAGAUAGUAUCAUAAAAGAAAUAAGAAGUAAUUAAAGAAGUGGUGACUGAGAGAAUUGAAGUUCCUUCUUAAGCAGAUAAAUUAAGAAUUUAAUAAUUAGAAUAACAAUUAAAUAAUAUUAAAUUAGAAUUAUAGAUAGUAUCAUAAAAGAAAUAAGAAGUAAUUAAAGAAGUGGUGACUGAGAGAAUUGAAGUUCCUUCUUAAGCAGAUAAAUUAAGAAUUUAAUAAUUAGAAUAACAAUUAAAUAAUAUUAAAUUAGAAUUAUAGAUAGUAUCAUAAAAGAAAUAAGAAGUAAUUAAAGAAGUGGUGACUGAGAGAAUUGAAGUUCCUUCUUAAGCAGAUAAAUUAAGAAUUUAAUAAUUAGAAUAACAAUUAAAUAAUAUUAAAUUAGAAUUAUAGAUAGUAUCAUAAAAGAAAUAAGAAGUAAUUAAAGAAGUGGUGACUGAGAGAAUUGAAGUUCCUUCUUAAGCAGAUAAAUUAAGAAUUUAAUAAUUAGAAUAACAAUUAAAUAAUAUUAAAUUAGAAUUAUAGAUAGUAUCAUAAAAGAAAUAAGAAGUAAUUAAAGAAGUGGUGACUGAGAGAAUUGAAGUUCCUUCUUAAGCAGAUAAAUUAAGAAUUUAAUAAUUAGAAUAACAAUUAAAUAAUAUUAAAUUAGAAUUAUAGAUAGUAUCAUAAAAGAAAUAAGAAGUAAUUAAAGAAGUGGUGACUGAGAGAAUUGAAGUUCCUUCUUAAGCAGAUAAAUUAAGAAUUUAAUAAUUAGAAUAACAAUUAAAUAAUAUUAAAUUAGAAUUAUAGAUAGUAUCAUAAAAGAAAUAAGAAGUAAUUAAAGAAGUGGUGACUGAGAGAAUUGAAGUUCCUUCUUAAGCAGAUAAAUUAAGAAUUUAAUAAUUAGAAUAACAAUUAAAUAAUAUUAAAUUAGAAUUAUAGAUAGUAUCAUAAAAGAAAUAAGAAGUAAUUAAAGAAGUGGUGACUGAGAGAAUUGAAGUUCCUUCUUAAGCAGAUAAAUUAAGAAUUUAAUAAUUAGAAUAACAAUUAAAUAAUAUUAAAUUAGAAUUAUAGAUAGUAUCAUAAAAGAAAUAAGAAGUAAUUAAAGAAGUGGUGACUGAGAGAAUUGAAGUUCCUUCUUAAGCAGAUAAAUUAAGAAUUUAAUAAUUAGAAUAACAAUUAAAUAAUAUUAAAUUAGAAUUAUAGAUAGUAUCAUAAAAGAAAUAAGAAGUAAUUAAAGAAGUGGUGACUGAGAGAAUUGAAGUUCCUUCUUAAGCAGAUAAAUUAAGAAUUUAAUAAUUAGAAUAACAAUUAAAUAAUAUUAAAUUAGAAUUAUAGAUAGUAUCAUAAAAGAAAUAAGAAGUAAUUAAAGAAGUGGUGACUGAGAGAAUUGAAGUUCCUUCUUAAGCAGAUAAAUUAAGAAUUUAAUAAUUAGAAUAACAAUUAAAUAAUAUUAAAUUAGAAUUAUAGAUAGUAUCAUAAAAGAAAUAAGAAGUAAUUAAAGAAGUGGUGACUGAGAGAAUUGAAGUUCCUUCUUAAGCAGAUAAAUUAAGAAUUUAAUAAUUAGAAUAACAAUUAAAUAAUAUUAAAUUAGAAUUAUAGAUAGUAUCAUAAAAGAAAUAAGAAGUAAUUAAAGAAGUGGUGACUGAGAGAAUUGAAGUUCCUUCUUAAGCAGAUAAAUUAAGAAUUUAAUAAUUAGAAUAACAAUUAAAUAAUAUUAAAUUAGAAUUAUAGAUAGUAUCAUAAAAGAAAUAAGAAGUAAUUAAAGAAGUGGUGACUGAGAGAAUUGAAGUUCCUUCUUAAGCAGAUAAAUUAAGAAUUUAAUAAUUAGAAUAACAAUUAAAUAAUAUUAAAUUAGAAUUAUAGAUAGUAUCAUAAAAGAAAUAAGAAGUAAUUAAAGAAGUAGUGACUGAAAAAGUGGAAGUUAGUAGAGAGUCUGACAGAAAAAGAAUCUUAGAAUUAGAGCGUGAUAUAUAUAAAUUGUAAUAAGACUACAUAGCUUUAAAUAAAAUAAAAUCUGAAAUAAUAAAGGAGACUGUAACCGUUGAGGUUCCAUCGUCUAUGGAUAAGUUUAGGAUCUAAUAAUUGGAGGCUUAAUUAUAAUAAAUAAAGAGUGAAUUAUCAAUGGUAUUAGCUAAAAAGUAAGAAGUUAUUAGAGAGACAGUAACAGAAAGAAUAGAAGUGUCUUCGGAGUAGGAUAAAAUGAGAAUUAGGUAAUUAGAAUAGUAAUUAAAUUAUUUGUAAUAAGAUUAUUUCGCAUUGAAUUAAAAAAAAUAAGAAAAAAUAAAAGAGACAAUAACUGUUGAAAUACCAUCUGAGUCUGAUAAAUAUAAAAUAAGGUAACUUGAAUCUCAAUUGCUAUCAUUUUAAGAAGAAUUAGAUGCAAUUUAAUUAGAAUACUAGAAUUAAAAUUAGGAGAUUGAUAGACUUUAAACUAUUAAUUUUGAAUACUAAGAUCAAAUAAGAGUUUUGUAAUCAAAGUUAGAAGACAACUAAAAGCAAAGAUCAAUUUUAAUUUAAUUUGAAAGAAAAGAGUAAGAGUUUUUGGAAUAGAUUUCAAUUUUAGAGAAUGAAAAAGGAAGAGAAAUAAAGGAACUAAAAAAAUAGAUUGAAUAUAUAUAAUAGGAGAAUUAAUAAAUAAAUGAUAUGAUGAGAAUUAAGGCUGAAGAAAGUGAAUAGUGGAAAAGAAAUUAUUUAACUAUUUAAAAUCAAAUGACCUCAGGAGAAACUGAAUCAUUAAAAAUAUAAUUGAAAUCUUUAGAGUAAAGUAGAGAAAUGACGAAAUUAGAACUAGAUAAAGUAAACAAAAUGUACUUUUUAAUUUAAAAUGAAUAAACUUAAUAUAAGUAAAAAUGUAAUGAGCUAGAAUUAAGAAUUAAAUAAAUUAGUAGAGAAAAUUAGGAAUAUUAAGAAAGAUUUUAAUAAAUGGAUUUUGAAAAAUUUAGUAGAUUAGAAUAAGAGAAUAGACGAAAAACAGAAACUAUUUAAUAGUUAGAAUCAUAAUUAAGGAAUCAAGUAUUUAUGAAAGAUUUUUAAAUUUAAUUAUCUAAUAAAGAUAAAUAGAUUUAUGAAUUAUAAGAAAGUAUUUCAGAAUUAUAAACUACAAUUAGAACUCAAAGAAUAGAAAAUUAGACAAUUUUUGAAUAAACUAAUAGACAAUAAUUAACUUUAAGAGAAACAUAAAAGUAAUUUAAUAUUUAUUUUAAAGCAAUCAAAAGAUCGUAGAGUUAGAAACAAAAAUAUAGAGUCUUAAUUUGGAAAUCUAGAGACAGAUGAAGAUGAAGGAUUAGAUUUAGAUUAAGCAUGAUAUAUUAAUUGAAAGAGUAAUUGAUAUUUAUUAUUUAGGCCACUGAGUAUGAAUCAGAAAUUAAUUUGUUAAGGGAGGAAUUAUAGAAUAGAAGAUAUAAUUCUAUUAAUAAUGGACCUAUAGUAUCUAAAACAUUUGAAAUUCAUAAAAUAGGAGAAGUUGUAAAUAAUGGCACAGGAUUAGUUUCAGGAUUUAAUAUAGAAGAUACAUAAAGAAUAAAAUCAAUAGUGAGUACACAAUAAUUUAAAUCUGAAAUAUAAAAUACUAUAUCAAAUGUAUAAGAAUAAUAGUAUUCUAUGAAAUCAAAUUCAUCAGUUUAACCAUUUAAUCCUUUAAGAAGUGAUGUAUAGAUAAUAUUUAUUCAUAGAUAAUUAAAUCAAAGGCUUAAUUAAAUAGAAUUGACGAAAAAUUAUAUAAAUGA